ACCCGGGGUCCACGAUUGCACCCCAAACACGAAUGGUUUCGCAAAGCAUGCUGUACGAUGUGAAAGUGAUUUAAAGUGCAAGUGAUUGUGUGUGAAAGUGAACUGGAUCCUAGCAUGCCUUGCACCGUAUGCACGAGUUGUUUCUGAGUGGCUUCUACGAACGCGUUGCCUUCCUCAAAGUCUCGCUGGAAAUAUAGGAUUUGAGUUUUAAAUAAUGCUCACCAAGUUCGUCAACGCCCGAGUGCCUUGAGGCAACAUGAAAGUCAAGCGGUGUCUAGACGCGAGGCUAAUAGCCUUGUGUACGACGUGCAUCUUGCUCCCCGCCAUCGCCUGCCCCACCCAGUGCAUAUGCAAAUGGAAGAACGGCAAGCGAUACGUCGAAUGCACCGACAGAGAGCUAAAGGCGAUCCCUGACUCGCUAGACUCCGAGACUCAAGUCCUAGACUUCACCGGCAACGAUCUGCAAGUUCUGCAAAAGGAAACGUUCCACAAACUCGGACUGUUGGACUUGCAGAAAAUUUAUCUGCAGAGAUGUCGCUUGCAGAAAAUCGAUAACCAUGCCUUCAGGGGGCUCGCCAACCUAGUCGAGUUGGAUCUCUCCAAUAAUUACAUUACCGUCGUCCCGUCGAGCAAUUUCGUGUUCUUCCCGUCUCUAAUGCGACUGUCGCUGAACAACAAUCCCAUAACGAGUAUAAAGAUGCAUUGCUUCCAACAUCUAUCCUACCUCAACACUCUGGAGCUGAGCAAUUGUAAGAUAGAGAACGUCGAGCCGGAAGCGUUCUCCGGUUUGAAACAUUUGGAAUGGCUCCGAUUGAACGGCAAUAGAUUGGCGAGCGUGCAAGGCGACAACUUGUUCCCUGACACGUUGCGGGGGAUCGAUCUCCAGAACAACAAUUGGAAUUGCGAUUGUAAUUUGAGAGAUUUACACAACUGGCUGUCAAAUUUCAAUAUGCCGCACGCGGUCGAGCCGAUUUGCUCGCUACCUGAGCGUUUGAAAAAACGUACGAUCACGAGCGUAAAUGAAUUCGAUUUAGCGUGCCUGCCGAAACUGACCCCUACCACCGUAUACCUAGAGACGAACGUCGGGAACAACGUGACCCUGGAGUGUAUCGUGAAGGCCGUGCCCGAGGCCAAGUUACAGUGGUUCUAUCAGGGACAACUUAUUCGGAAUUAUUCAACGUCCGCCGCGGAGCCUCAUCACGUAUUUCACGUCGAGAGCGGUGUUAUAGACAAGAAGAGUGAGUUAUAUAUUUUCAAUAUCGGGAACGAUGAUAACGGUACUUACGCGUGUAUCGCCGAGAAUUCCGCGGGGAAGGUGCGCGCUAACUACACGAUCAAGAUAUUAGUGAAGGAGGAGCCCGUCGUCAUCGUAGUCACGUUCCCUCAUAGACACUUAGUGGUGAUAAUAACGAUAGUAUUCCUAAUUAUAGUGUUACUGAUAGCAAUAAUAGCGGUCGUAUUAUUAAAAUUUAAAACGGACACGAGGAGUAGAAAGAAAAAGGAGAGCGGAAAAGAUGUCGCACUAUGCAAUCAAAUUUUACCGUCUAGUAGAAACAACGGCUCUCUGCCCAAGAACAAUGGAAGCGUCAUAGUAAACGCACACUCACACCACGCGCUACAUUACACCGUGCAAACGAAUCGAGAGUACGAGCCGAGCGAUGCUUACCAAAGCAAUAAUAUGAAAGGCUUCGUCGACAGGAAUCCCGACCUAAUUAGCGAUGCGGAAACCGUCGCUAACAAUGCACAAAAUGAAAACACAGCACUUUCGGUUUACAAAACGCAAACCGCCGCCGACACUUUCGAAGAAGAGACCACGUUCACUGCUCAGUCGAUGCCGCGUCAAGUCACGUGGCAGGACCAGCAGACCCUGGCCAGCAUGCCCAUGAGCAUGCCUCCUAACGCUAUGUACCAACACUCGGCGGACGUCCAUCUCAACCCUGGCUGUUUCCUAGACAGCGAAGGCUACCCUUACGACUACGGCCUCCCUAAACACCCGUGUCGACCGCCAAUUAUGUCAAACUAUUCAGUAAUCGGGCCGUUUUACCAAACUCUUCCCCACAAUAGGCCGAAGGGACAAAAGUUAGUCUGCAAAUUCGCAAAAGACAACGAGUUUAACGCGGCGCCGCCUACGUGUCCCAAUUUCGAGGUAUUCAACGGUACUAAUGUGCGCCGCACUCUGGAGGGUUAUCCGGUCCCUCGGAACCGUCCGAUCGCAUUCGUCGGAAAUGGAACGGUGUAUUAUAACGAGGAAUUCGUACCUUCGCCGCCGGAGGGUUACAAGACCGAGCCGGUGCAGUGUUGUGCUUCGACCGAAACGUGUUCAAACUGGAACGCCAAAGGGACCUGUGCCGUGAUGGUCCCGAUGGUGCCGGAAGGACCGGGGCGGUGUUACCAGGUGGAGACCAGGUGCGUCGACACGCAGACGUCGGACGCGCGGAUGCCUGGCGAGGGGUCCGAGGGCGGGCUGAAGCCGCUGCCACAAGUAUCGAACGCCAAAUGUGCGUCGGAUAUCUGUUCAGAAAGCCCCGACGAGGGGUACGUGGGGGACGCGAACGACAUCUGACGACGUCGUCGGAACGAUAACGCGUAAACAGGGCAAUUUAGACGCUACUAAAGUGAUAAAGCGACUGAAUAUGAGAAUAGUAUUGUAUAUAAUAUGCUUACCGAGUAUACACGGACGGAACAUUUCUGUGUAUCGUGCACAAUCAUUGAGAAUCAAAUUCUGUACAUCAUAACGUUUUAUACGUACUCAUUUCUAUUAUAUAUAUUUUUAUAGGCGAAUAAAUUGUAAGCUUAGACAAUCCUCUCUGAUCCCUUGUCAUGUUAAUGUUGUUUUGUGAACAACUGUACCCAUCCUCUGAUAUAAUAUUUAGAUUUUUUAUACAAAUACAUUUUUAGAAAUAAAAACAGAGUCCUUUAUGUAAAACUACUUGCAUUCACAUUUUGAAGAAGAUUGAAAUUAUAAGCAUUUCAUACUGCUAACUAGACAGAGAGCAUUUUAAUAUUUACAAGGAUCUACUAAAUCUAUAGUCAUUUCAUAUAAAAUUUCUAUUUCGAGAAAGGCACAAAACUGCCCUCUCCAAAUUAAAAUUCUUAAACUUCUCUUAUAAAUUUGUUUUAUAGUAAAAAAUAAUAUUUUACAAAUAAAAGAAAUUGUUAUUAUUUUUAGUAAAUAAUUUUAUAGUAAUGCUAGUCACGAUACCAAAUUUUUGACUAAUAGUUUACAAUAUUUUUCAUUUUAUAAUUUUGUAAUAAAGAGCUUUUUAAACGAACAGUAAUUAUAAUGUGCCAAUAUAAAUGCUCAGUUUAAUCCUUUACUGUUUACAAUUUGUUUAUAUAGCAGUAAAAUGUUUCAGGUGAUUUUUUUUUUUAAUUUUAAGAGCUUAGAACCAGUAAGAACUGUAUCGGACGGAGCUUCUGAGACGGCAAAGCUACAUUGAAUUAAUGUUGGUCCUAACAUAAUGCAACGAUGUGGUGUAAGAUGUAUCCAAAUAUAGUCACUUAUAUUCGCUAAACAAAGAAAACAUUUAAUAAACUUGUAAACUCUAAACAUGCUAGUUGUAAUACUACGAACUUCCUAACUCUAUUUUCGUAACCUGAACUAAGAUUUGAAGUCCUGAAAGGACUCCAAGCUGAAAGUCCUUUAAAGAAUGAUCAGCA